AAAAGGAAGGAAAGGGCGACGUCGCAAUACAACAAGGCGCUCAUUACAAAGCGACAGUACUGAUGACAAAUGCCAAAACACGAUAUGAAGUACUUCAAGAUGCCAUUAAGAAGUCCAAUUGGAAACAAUACGAGAGUGCAAUAAAAAUUGUUUCAAGUUGUUUUACCACAUUUUUGGUGAAAGACACACAAACAAACUGCUUGAGCAUUAAAGACCAAAUAAUAUCUGAAAAGCCGGACUUCAAGAAUUUUAUUGAGUUCUAUAUCAACACCAAUCACUCUGAAGUUAUAGAAAACAUCAAAAAGGAGGAAGCGUUUUUAAAUGAAGAAAAGAAAGUCAUAGCCGAUUUCCACAAGAUCAAAGUGGCGACUUCUGUCGAACAAAUUGUGAAAGACAUUUCAGUGUUAAAACAAAUAUAUGAAAAGAACAAAGAGCAAUACGAAAAGAGGGGAAUUAGUCAUGCAAAGGAUUUUUCAGAUGCCGAGGAAAAAGUGCAGAAAAUCGUUUUAGAAAAUGUCUUCAAAGUACAGUUCUUCACGCUCAAAAUGUUACUUUUCGAGCAAGAAAAGGAGAUCAAAGAAAAUAGUAUAAAGCGAGAAGAAACGUUCAACAAAAUUGAGACAAAGAUGAAUGAAGUUGUUGUGAAGUCACAGCCCAAUUCGACAUUUUUGAAUUUAAAAGAACAGAUGACGAAGUACAAGCCCGAGACCGGAGCUGUAUACGAACUUUAUGAUAAAGUCCUUGAGAUGAAGAAUGUACAAAUAGUCGAAAAGAAAGUGCCACAAGUUCAACCCAAAGUGGAGGUAAAAAGUGCAGUAAUAAAAAAUGAAGUCAAAGGAAUGAUACCCAUCAUUCAAAGUGGUGAAUAUGAUAUUUCAAAAAUAGCGAGGGCAAUUGCAGUAAUACUUGAGAAAAAUAGAUUUCCAGAAUUGGUCAAAACAAUCGAGAAAAGUAAGACGGCUAAGACAUUCACUGUUGCAACAACUGAAACAUAUUUUAAUGUGAUGAAAUUGAUAUCUGUCCCAACUGACGCCGAUCCAAAUUUCUGUGCAUUAGAACUUAAAGAUGGUAUAUCAAAGAUUAAACCGGAGUUCGCAAAGUACUUUACUUUUCUUGAUACCUUCAAUUUUUAUGAAGAAUUUAAUGGGUCUAUGUACUUCACAGAAGCCAAAGAAGUUGAAGAAGGGUUGAAGCAGUGUAAGAAACUCUGUUUAGAAGCAAAGGACUUUACCACAUGUUUUGAGAGAGUGAAUGUGUAUAACAAAAAGAUUGAAGAAGACAAUGGGAGGAUGUCAAAAUUCAAUUUACUUAUUGACAACAGCGAAAUAGUGUUAAAAUUAAAGACUUUGUUUUUAGAAGAGUUUUGCUUGCACCUUCCAUCGAACGCGUUUAGUGUGUUUGCGGCUGCCGUUCAGAAAAAGGAUAUGAUGGAGGUGUAUAAAAUAUCAAAAGACGUUGAUAUGGUAAUUAACAAACCCUGGGUACGUGGAUACAAACAGACGGCGUGGUCUAUUAGAAACGAUAUAAUCCAACACAAGAGAGAAAGUAAAAACUUUUUUGACCACGUCGAGGAGAUUCGAAUGAAGUCGAAGAAGUGUCUUGGGUUUUGUGCAAUGCCGAUGAGUGAGAUGGUGAAUCAGAAAAUGCGGAUUGAAAAUGAAGAUAUUGAUGUAAAUGAAAAGGUACCGGACUUUACUAAAAUGGUGAAGGACCAGAUAAAAGUUGAUGGUGUUGAAGAGAAGACAAAAUUUGAAAUGAGCGUGAGAAGCACAGGAAAGAAAUGGAUUGGUAAAGAGAGUCUGACAGAAUACAUCAAAUUGGUCCAACUCUUUGACAAAAGUUGGACAUCAAGAAACAAUUUGGUGACUAUGAAAAGCACUGUCAUGACAUUUAAAAAUGAAGUUAAGAGUAAAGUUGAAUAUUUGGAAGAGGUGGAUAGGCUAUUUGAAGCCGAGCAAAUGAGUGACUUACUCCAGAAAGUGUUUGAUAUGAAUGUCAUACACAAAUUACUUGACAAAGUCAAAAUGGUGAAGACGAAGAAAAUGAAUAUUGAAAUUGCUAUUCGGAAUGGACAAAUCCUCACCGUUUCAAAAUCAAAUGACGAAGUUAAACAACUUCUUCAACAAGUUGUUGUAUCAGAAAAAUCACUUGAAAAUUUUAGAACUGAAUUUUUGAGGUAUUGCCCUCUUUAUGAAAAUAUAUACCAAACACUGAGCGAAAGUGACAUUCAGAAAAUAUCAAAUGACAUUGAGAAUGAAAAGGAAGUGAAGAAAAUAACAAACGAUGUGCAAAUGUGUAUCAGAAAUGUUAGAACUUCCGUUGAUUUGAAAUUUUUGAAGGAGACUUUAGACCAAAUCAAAUCCAUUGAACACGACCACAGAGAAUUACUCUCAAGAUUUAAAAUCAACUUUGCGAAAGAGCUUGAAAUGACUCAAGAAAAGAUAGAAAUGAUAUUCAUGCAGAAAGCGGUUCAAACUAUUCAACAAAACAUGAGAGAAAUGUACUUAAUAGAGAACAACAAGAACCACGUAGAUGCGCAAAAGCCAUUUGUGUGUUUAGAAUAUGUCAAGAAAAUGUUGUUACAAAAUUUGUCAUUUAGUGUUGUGCCUACAAAGGAAGACGAAGUGAUAUUUAAGUUAUAUAACGUCUUAGACAAAAUGAUGAAAAUGGAUGUCUGUGAUAUACCGAAGGCCAUACAAAGAAAUUACGAGAAAUUUAUUGUUGAUAAUUCCGCACUAUUUGAUGUGUUUGAGAAGUAUGAAAUGUACAGAGAUGCCUACAACGAAGCGUUAGAAAAGUUCGACACCAAAGUUAUUACUAAAGAAAAUGUUGUUGAAAUUUUGGAACAAAAAGUGAUGUUUGUGUUGUGUACACUUGAAGAGUGUGGUGUGCUGACAUUUCAAAAAGUGUAUGAAAUAAAAGCAAUAGUACAAGAAAAUCAAGAAGUUCUCAAUGAUCUUGCAGUGCUUUCCAAAGCUCAACAGGUUGUUUCACAACUUGAAGAGAAAGUAAAGGCGAAAAUACCCGUCUCAUUAUGUGAGUGGUUUAUAUGUGAAGUUGGCCGCUCCACCAAAUUAGCGGAGUACUACACUACUGUUGUCAACAGUCAAAAAUUUGAAGAACAAAUCUCACAGGCCAAAAAGAAAUAUUCAGAAGAUGUGUUUGGUGUCAAUGACUUGCACUAUCAAGACUAUAUCGAGCAAAUGAAAACGAUCAAUAAAAAAGUUGAAGAUGUGCUUGUUGUGUUCAAUCAGUUUGCUCAUAAUAAUGAAGAAAGUGUCGAUUUAAUUGGAGAACGACAAACAAUGCUUUCUAAGAACAACGAAUACCUUAAAUAUGUGAAAACAGCAAAAGACUUUUUAAAGACGACUCCUUUGAGAGCAAGAGAGCAAUUUAUAUGUGCAAAAAGUUUGUAUGAAGAGAAUAUAGAAGGUUUUAAUAAAGCAAAAUAUACAUAUGACGAUCAAUUAAAAGAACUGGACAUAACAACAGAAGAUGCAUGUUUCUUUUUGUUGAUAUCUAACAUAAACAACGCACAAAAGUCGAUGAGAGAAGUUGAGAGGUGUGUUGAGAAACGAUUAGGCGGCCAAACACUUAAAAACGAAAUUAAUAAAUUGGAGAAGUUCAUAGAGAAAAUCGAAGACGAGAAGAUCUACCCCUUCAACUGUUUAAUACAAAAAGACCGAAUUCUGGAGGUCGACAAAAAUUAUCUCAAAGUCUUUGCCUUCUAUGAAAAGAUGAAGAGGGACUCGGUGAAGAUAUGCAAAGAAGCAGAAGACUUUGAAAGGAUCGCACACGUCCGAGUUGUUAUAGCGGAGUUGGUAGCACAAAUACUCAAGAACAUCUCAUCACAGAACGAACUUAAAAAGUCUGAUAAAGAAAAGACCGAACUCUUUAACGAAAUUCCCGACUUGGUGAAUGAAGUCAAAACACAACUUUUAGAAACAAAGAAAAUUGAAGAGGAGACCACAGACCAAAAAGUGAAGGAGUUGUGUUACAUUGCACAAACAGAAGACAUUUCUAACAUUAAAUCGUAUAUUGAAGACUCUGUUUUGGCUUUGGCCGAACACGUAGAAAAAAAUGAUGAGAAACAUCUUGAGCGCCUUGCUGAAUAUUUAGAGAAGGCGUUCGUACAAGAAAAUUCGAGUUACGUGCACCCUUUUAAUAGAACAAUACUUCUUAUUAAGAGUGCAAUGAUAUUCAUCAAAACGUUUCAACAUCAAAAUAUUAAAGGAAUUCAAACAAUCAAAAAUCUUUUUGAAAAGGCCGACAAGUUCUGUGUAACAAAUGAUUUUGAAUUUGAUGAGAUAGAAGCGUUAAAUGAUGCGAUAAGUGCACUGUAUUUCAUUGAAGGUUCUGUCCAUAUAAAACUUGAGCAUCAGCCCUUCACAAAAAUAUGUGGGAAAACGCAAUUUGAAAAUGCGAUCAAAUUUUUGGAAAGCAGAAAUAAAAAUACACAAGAAUUAACAAAGAAAUUGGUACUUCUUUCUCAAAAAGACAAGACGACUUUUUCACAGAGUGAUUUCAUAGACGUGACAUUUAAAGAGCAUUACCAACACUACUUCACUAAAAAUAACGAAGAGGAAAACACUGAAAUGGUCAUAUUAAUGAAAAAGUACUUGAAUUAUGUGUUGGGUGAGAGUAAUGAAAUUGUACUUGACCAAACACACAAAGAACUAUUUUUAAAUACACUCAAUACCACGUAUGAAAACAAAGAAAAAGAGUGUGUGGUGGCUAUCAAGAAAUGCUUGGAAGACAUUUUUGAGAGUAAACUUCCAAUAUUAGAGUUCUGUAAUAUAGACACAAAAAGAGGGAAAGAAGACAUUUUCUAUACCAUUAGGAAAUUUACUACUCAAAUGAAUAAGACGUGCUUUACACUCGAAAUGGUAUAUGACUUCUUCGAUAUUUCCUUUGAAGAUCUGCCUGCAAUUUUAAAGGAAGAAAUUGAAGUGUAUAAUACAAUUAUAAUGUUAUAUACUUGUGGACAAAUUGAAUGUAUUAAAUUCAUGAAUAAACAGGAAGGUGUCGAUGAUGUGUAUAUCAAUUAUAAUAACAAUUUGAUACUUAAGCUCCAAACUAUAGUGAAAACACUCCAAAGUCUUCAACUGGAUUUUGCUCAAAAUUCAUUUGUAAUAGAAUCUAUAAAAGAGGCUUUAAUUGAUGUCCAUGUAGAUCAAAGCAAACUGGUCUUAUACACAAGUGAACUCAAAUUCGUCGAAAAGUUCUUGGCAAAAACUCAAUUAAAAGAUUUGGACGACAAAUUUGCGCUUCCAAAAACACUUGCAAUUGAAACACUCUUGCGCUCUAAUUAUUCAUUUUUAAAUGAAGUCAGAGAGUUUGUUUCUAAUGUCGACAACUUUGUGUUGUUAAAGAAAAAAGAGGGCUUUUUACCUAAUGUGUUGUACAUUGUGGAGUCGACGGUUCCUCUUGUUAAUCGGACUCCACAAACCGACAAACAAUUUAUGGCAAUGCACCAAUUUAGUGACAACGAGUUAUACAAUUCAGAGAUAAGUGGCAUUCAGCAUAUGCAUAAUGAAAUCUCAUACAACUUCAAAGCAAAUUUGGUCAACUUUAAUUAUGCAAUCAUCAACAGUUUAAUAGCACAAAAUUACAGUGAUAUGUAUCAAUACUCAAAAUUAAUGAUAGACACUUUGACUCAAAAAGAUGACACUCAGUUCGUCUUUUCUAAUGACGAGAAGUCACUUGUGCACAACAAAAUCAGAACAAUUUUCGAGAAGUUUGGGUGUUCCGAAAAGACUCGGAUGUUCGAUGUGAAGAUGGAGAGCACUAUUAACUGUAUUGCACCGGUUAUCAGUUUUGUGGGAUAUCAACUUGAUUGUCCACGAGUGUUCCCUUCUGAAAAUUACUUUGGAGCUUCAAUCCCAAAGUGCCAGUACACUGCAUUUAUAGCCAAAGGUUACAACUUUGCUGAGAAGAUAUCAGCAACAGUGUUCUUAGAAACUUACAAAGAGGCUUUAGAAAACAUGCAAAGUACUCUUCAAUUUACAAAGAAGAACAAUUUAGUAGGAGAUGUGUUAUUCACGUUCAUUGGAAGUGAAGUUCAAAAGUGCUUUAAUGAGAUAUGCACACCACUUGUAAAGAAAUACGAUGAAGCUUUCUUUAAGAGUAUGUAUCAAUCAAAAGUUGAUCAAUACACUGACAAAGUGCACUUGAGUGGCAACGGAGAAGCGUUUGAUGUUAUUAAAACAGAGAGAGGCUUUCAGAUCAAAGUGCAGCUUCCCGGACAUGCAAAAGGCAAUUCAUACAACUUUGAAUAUGUAUUGAACAAGACUUACGAUGACAUGCUGUUAAUAUAUGAAGACGGGCAAUGUGUUCGAAAGAGUGAAAAUGAGUAUUUCUGGUCAUACAAGAACUAUGGGGCAUUCAAAACACAGAAAAAGCAGAGGUAUCAAUACGAUCAAAGUGACAUAAACCUUCCAAGUGAAUUACUCACUAUGAUUUCCUUUAUAGGGAAAAUGGAAGAUGAAUACCCUGCAAUCGACAAAAAGAUUGCAGAAGACUUCAAAUACGUCAAAGAAGAUGAGAAAGCCGCAGAGAAAGGAAACAGUGACAAAACAACUCUUUUUGAGUAA